AAAUAUGCCACAGUUGCCCAAGAUGCCAUAGUCCCUGCAGAUUCCAUCAUCAUCCCUUCCCAGGUCGCAGCACAAAGACUCCAUAAAGCAGAUUUCAUUGAGCUCUACUAUUUCACAAAUAAAGGCCUACACAAUGCAGAGCUGACUGUCUGCUCAACAGAUGACAACACCCUAACCCUCCUCCAGACAGGAGAAGGCCUACACUCCUUCAUACCUCUAGCAUCAGCCUGA